AUGGCCAUGCCUGAUAGUGACAAGACUGCUGCUGAUGGUUUAGCCGAAGAGAGGGAGGUGUCUGGGGCAGAGGGAACGGACCCGUUCCGUAUUGAGGUUGAGUCUGUGAGUCACGAGGACCUGCCAACCGUGGAGAUCCCCACCACCUUCAAUGUCAGCCCCCUCAGUGGCCAGACCAGCUGCUCCUUCUCUCAGGACCUCCAGGACCCCCAUGUACCCACCGCUCCGUUCCAGGAGCCCCCUGCCCCCACCCCAAAGAGCCAGGGCCAGCUCACCCCAACCAGCUACCUCCCUUCCAUGCGCUUCAUCAAGGUCCGGCCCUUCAUGCACGAUGACGGCUUGGUGGAGACUAAGACCCUAUGCAGCCAGCUCCUGGCACACUGGCUGCUGCUGGUGAUUGUUGCGUGUGGUCUACUGGCCCUGAGUCUAGCCCUAGGCAUUGGGCUUGGAGUGGGAGUCAGCUGCACGGGGAAGUUCCACUGUAGCACAUCCACUUUGUGUUUUGCCAGAUCUGCACAGUGUGAUGGAGUCAGCGACUGCGCAGAUGGGGAGGACGAACUCCAAUGUGUGCGUCUGAGUGGGAGGAGCUCUGUGCUGCAGAUCAACAGUAGGGGUGUAUGGGGGACUGUGUGCUCCACCGACUGGGAUCACACACUGGGUUAUUCUGCCUGCAAACAGCUGGGAUACUCCAGCUACAUCAGUUCCAGAUCCCUGCCUCUCUCCUCUGUCGAGUCGGCCUUCCUGGCUAACCUGGUAUCAGUCAACCUGAGUCAUCCAGAUCGCCAGCAGACUGUCAAGAUCCAUAACACCACCUUCCUCAGUAAGACCCAGUGCAGCUCUGAGAGUGUGAUCGUACUCAAGUGCCUAGAUUGUGGCUCCAGGCCCAUGUUCAGGUCUCGUAUUGUGGGAGGAAACGUCUCCAAACCAGGCCAGUUUCCCUGGCAGGCCAGCCUGCACUAUCAGAACCGACACCUCUGUGGGGGCUCCAUCAUCACACCACGCUGGAUAGUGACAGCAGCACACUGUGUCUACGGGUUUGCAACAAAAACCAUGCUGUGGGCGGUGCAAGUGGGAUUGACAGAUCAGCCGAUCAAUGGGGUGCUGUCUCGCUCUUUGGAGAAGAUUGUCUACCAUGCCCGCUACCAACCAAAGGGCUUAAACUAUGACAUCGCUCUAUUGAAGCUAACAGAGCCUCUUACCUUUAAUGGUCUGGUUGAGCCUAUCUGCCUGCCGAACUAUGGGGAGAGAUUUGAGGAGGGGAAGAUGUGCUGGAUCUCUGGGUGGGGUGCCACAGUGGAUGGAGGGGAGACCAGUGUGUCCAUGCACUCUGCCCAGGUCCCUGUGCUCUCCAGCAGGGACUGCAGUGGACCGGGAGUGUACCAGGGUGCCAUCUCCCCUUGGAUGGUCUGUGCAGGCUACCUAGAGGGGGGCAAAGACUCUUGCCAGGGCGAUAGCGGAGGCCCUCUGGCCUGUGAGGAGUCAUCAGUGUGGAAGCUGGCGGGGGCCACUAGCUGGGGCUAUGGCUGUGCUGGGAGGAACAAUCCUGCCAUGUACACUCUCAUCUCACACGCUCUGACCUGGAUCCACCAGCAGAUGGAGAAAGAAGAGGCACUGAGUCCUUGAUCCCCAAAAGGAUACAGUGGCUCACAUAUUUAGAGGACUUUACUCAGAGACACUAAUGAUUUGUUCUUAAGCACCACAAUGAAUGGACACCAUCUGAGGCUGAGCUCUAUUUCAAAGUCAGAGAAACAAGAUGGAGGGGAAUGGUGGACAAUAAAUGGAGGACUGGGGAGAUGAACUAGGGCCAGGAUUCAAUACGAACUGUGGAUGAUCCGCGUUGUAGCAAAGUUGACAGGAAAAGGUCAAUUCCGAUUGAGCCGGCAUCUGCAGCGUUUACUUUGAAUGCGAUCUCCACGAUCGCGGUAACGUCGCCUGUAAAUGGGGCAUAGCCAAAAAGGGUGAUCAGAUUGAAUCCUGGCCUAAGCUUGGUCUCAUAUUAGAAGGUCGGCAUCUCCACCGUGAGCCCCUUCCAUCCCUACACACAAACCGUGUAUGUAGACAAUAGUUGUAACAUAGUUGAAUAGUUGUAACAUGUACUGUGUAUAGUACACUGUUAUAUACCGUUAUAUAGCAGAUGUGUUUGUAGAGAAAUAUGGUACAGAGAACACAAGUAAAACCCUGUAUAAUUUUUAAAUGCCAUAAAGAUGUGUAUUUAUUUUUACAAAAAAAACAGCUUUUU